UUAUCAGCAGCCGCACGAAAAAGUGCUGCUGAGUUUUGUCCAAACCAGUCCCUUAGAUUUUGAAGCCACAAUGUUUUUUCUCCUGCCUGGACCUCGUUUGCCUUCAAUCUUUCCCUGGAGGAUUAAACGGAGUAUGCCGUGUUUUUCUGGGUCUCGCAUCACAUGUCCGAAAUAUUCUAGCUUGCAUUUUUUAAUUGUUUUGGUGAUUUCCUUGGGCUUUCCCAGGCGGCUAUCCCCUCCUCAUUUCUGAUUUUGUCAACCCAGCUUAUACGCAACAGCCGUCUGUCGAUCCACAUUUCAAAUGCUUCUAGUCUCUUCAGGUGGCCUUCUGUCAGAGACCAACGCUCUACUCCACAGAGCAGAAUGAAUCUGUUAAGUUCCAAUCCAGCAGCCAUGAAUUGUACCACCAAAGUACCACCCCUCCAUUUCCUGCCUCUGCUUCUGCCCACGUCAAGCUUUUAGCUCUGCAAGAUGCCUGUCUCCCACUCGUAAACUUUGGCUUCCUCCGGUCCUGCCGUGCCAAUUUUCUUUACACCCUCGCAAGAAUCUGGGCAUGCACUCCAGCAAACUGUAGCGUGUUGUUUGGGGCUGAAUGAUUUGCAUAGUCACUGUUGCAACAAAAGUCAGUUCCCCACUUCCCUCCUGGAUGUGCUGGCAGACUGAACAAGACACUGACCUUGCUCUGGGCACGGGACCAACAGGAGAAAGGCAGCUUUGUUUGCCCAGUGCCCAGCAGUGUCAGAAACCGAGAAUAGCCGAGAUGCCCUGCUCCAGUAAGUCCCUGGACCAGAGAGAACCAAAGCUUUGCAAAGAAUAUCGUGUGCGUGGUGGCUGUUCCUCCUGCGGCUCAAACCAGCCCUUACCUGGGACAUCUUUUGUUUGCACUUUCCAUUUGAGGAGACACAACCCUCAGCUGAUCCUCCUGUUCAAGGUGGAAGACUUGCACCGAACAAGUUUUGAUGGUGGUUGACAACUCCGGAUCUGGCAUGCUCCGUUCCCCAAAUGAUUUGCCAUAUGCCGAGCAGCAUUUUCAUGGUGGUGGAGAACAUCCUUCACCUGUCUCAAGAGGAUCCAGUUACACGUCUCCUCCACAUCACUCAAGAGCCGGAGUCUCUGCAGAAGCUCUGGGUCUUAGGCGGGAUGACUUUUUCCUAUCACACCUCGAGAAGAGCCCAACUAUCCAUAGUGGGAGUCUCGCCUCCCCUCGGGCCACAUCCACUCCGCAGAGUAAACGGAACCCCACCUAUUAUAGAAUCCCUGUGAUUCGCAACUGUGGGUCUAACACCCUCAAUUUUGAAUUCCACGAUACCUCUCCCCGCCGAGUGUACAACGGGAUAUCCCAGCCAUGGAAAACAACUCAGCAGAGUUCAGCGAAUAAUUGGUACCCAACUUGGCCUGCUAAAGAAAUUAGACCACUGAGAACUGAAGCGGCUCCUUCUCCUUACUUGGCUAAUUCAGUCAAUCACCCAACUGCGAAUGGCGUAGCACAACCGGGCUGGUCAGCGACCUGGACGAAAGAUGGCAAAAGGAAGGAGAAGCGCUGGGUGAAGUACGAUGGGAUCGGGCCAGUGGAUGAGUCUGGGAUGCCUCUUGCUUCUCGAUCGAGUGUAGACAGCCCUAAGGACUGGUAUCGCAGCAUGUUCCAGCAAAUCCACAGUAAACUUCCAGAAUCAGACCUGGAUUGGGAUCCCUACAAAUCAAAAGAUCAUGACCCUCCAGGGCUCAUGAAGAAGAACCAACCUCCAGUGAUGAUCUCAAACAGUUCCUCUUGUCAAAAGAAUGGCUUGGCUUGGAGAAAUUGGGAAGCUGCAGAUGCUACCAGCAACGAGCCCAGGAGCAUUUUUGAUUACGAACCUGGAAAGUCAUCCAUCCUUGAUAAUCCUACUCUGGCUCAGAAGUCCUUCACACCAUCUUCAGCACGAUGCCCAUCGCCCUCUCUGCCAAUUGAGGAGCAGCUGGAGAAGGAGCUACAACAGCUCAGCGAAGAGUUGGACAACGAUAUUAGAAACCUUGAGCAACAGCAACUGAUCCGCAAGAUGCGUGAACGUCAGCACCCAGAAUUCUCCAGCCAGCAUGCUAAUCUCUCGGCUGGUUCCUCUGUCUGCGCCUCUGCCCUGGCCUUCCCUGCCGGCUGCAGCCCAUUGUCCGGCUCUGGUGUCCAUCCUUUAGCCCAGCGCCCCACACCAGCCAGCCCAAGAAUGGAGAAAGGAAGUCCGGGUGUCACCAGGAGCACCUGGAGCAACUCUCUACCCAGGAACGAUCCUCUGAGACUUCCUGGGCAAAGUCCCUUUCUUGAUUCUUCAGAAAUCGUUCUAGAUACUCCUCCCAAGAGAGAUGAGAAGAAGAUGAAAGCUGCUCGCCUCAAAUUUGAUGUCCAAGCGGAAUCGCCAAAAGAACUGACUUUGCAGAAAGGUGACAUUGUUUACAUCCACAAAGAAGUAGACAAAAACUGGCUUGAAGGAGAACACCACGGCAGGGUGGGCAUUUUCCCUGCUAAUUAUGUGGAGGUCCUGUCUCCAACCGAAAUUCCCAAGCCCAUCAAAAUACCCUCCAUCCAAGUCUUGGAGUAUGGGGAAGCGGUGGCCCAGUACAACUUCAAGGGAGACUUGGCAGUGGAGCUGUCUUUUCGAAAGGGUGAACGCAUCUGCCUUGUCCGCAGAGUAGACGAGAACUGGUAUGAAGGUCGCGUCCCUGGCACAAGCCGCCAGGGUAUUUUCCCAGCCAACUAUGUCCAGGUGGUGAAAGAGCCAAGGGUGAAGAAUUCGGAGGACUAUCCUUCCUCCCCUGGCCUCCCAGCCCUUGCCAGCUCAUCUCCCCAGGCACAUGCACCCAGUCUGGGCAGUAGGGGGCAGUCUGAGGCUUCCCCUUCAAGCCUGCCAAACGCUCUGGCUCCAGACCUGCUCUCCUCCUCCUCCUCCUCCUUCUCCUCCGCCCUCUCUGGAUGUACAUUUCCCGUGUCUCCAAAAUUUGAAAACCCCGAGACCACAACUCACAGAAUCCGGGAUGCACCCAAAGAUGGCUCUUUCAGUCCCCAGAGUCAAAGCCCGGGAAAAAUGUCCAGUGGCAGCCCCCGGCCUCUCAGAUCUUUCCAGAUGAAGGACCCACCACGACCUGUUCCACCUGUGUUGACUUCCCAAGCACAGACUUCCAUCCCGCCGCAGAAUUCAGCCCUCGAGACAGUAUUUUCCCCAACUGCAAAGCCACAGAGCCCCCGACAUGCUGCCAGAGAGUCCCCCUCCAGCAUCCAGUGGACUCCGUACCAGGCUCUCUACCAUUACAGACCUCAGAAUGAAGAUGAAUUGGAACUUCAGGAAGGUGACCGGGUGGAUGUGAUGCAACAGUGUGAUGAUGGCUGGUUUGUGGGGGUCUCUAGAAGGACGCAGAAAUUUGGCACUUUCCCUGGGAAUUACGUUGUCCCUGUGUGACCAGCCGUCUCUUCCGUGUGAUGUGGCAACUGAAUCAGCAUAAUCUGCUCUUAGGAUCUUGCCUCUUUGGAGGAGUGCCCACAAUCCACGGACACAAAGUAAAAGAGUAAAAGACACGAUGUGAAAACUAAUAUUGGCCCCCAAUAUUGCCAGCUGGAGUCUGUAUUCCUUGACUGUUAUCUUUUACUUCUGCACCUUGGCUUCCUUGGAGAGGAUGACUACAAUCUAGUUUUCUUUUUCCAGUAUUUAAGGAAGCAUCACUAAUUCCAGCAUUCCUAUGACAGAUGUGGGUUUGGUUGAACAGAGCGUGCUGGCCUCUUGGCCGUGCUUCCGCUAAGUUUUCUCUUAACCCGGGAUUCCUUAUUUUUGACGGUUCUUAUAAGAGCAAUUUGAAGGUAGAGAUGACCAGUCUGUACAGCUGAGCCUGUCCUAAUUCUUCCCUCCAGAAAAAUCCAUUUUUUUUUUUUCUUGAAAGGACUAUUGUUUGAAGACUUGGCCUAUCAACCCAAAAUCCCACACAACAGACGAGCUGACUGGGUUACCUAAGUACACAACCUCAGUGUGUGCCCCAUAGGAACCUGGGCCUUUCCACCAGGAGAUUGUGCCCUUUACUUAACGUCGCGGUCAUCCAGGAAGUGCUUUUUCAAAUGGCAACUGGACUUUCUUUUUUUUUCCCCUUUUUUUGCCUUGAAGACAUUUCACUUCUCAUGCAAGAAGCUUCUUCGGUUCUGGCUGAAUUUACUUAAUUCAGGCAGAUAAGCCGGAGGGUUACCAGAAUUAACAUUUUUGUGUCUUGCAUAACCUCUCUCAAAAGCUUUGUUGACGAACUUUGAUCUAAAUAACUCUUCCACCCAAAGACUCAUGUAGAACUUUGAUCUAAAUGACUUAACCACCGUCCUCUUUCAUGCUCAGCCCUGCAGGUAGAUGCACUUUCUGUGGGUUUUGGGUGACGCCAGCCAAGGGCAAUCGGUUGAAGAGUGAAGAGAGUGGGAUAGGGCUCUUCCUGCAUGAAAGGCUCAAUCAAAAUUCAAGUAAAGGCAGUCCUUGAUUUAUGACCGCAACAUUACGAGCCCAAAAUUUCUGUUGCUAAGAGAAAAAGUUGUUAAGUGAGUUUUGUCCCAUUUUAUGGGACAAAACUCACUGGCUUUCCCACUGACAUUGCUUGUCAGUAGGUCACAAAAAGGGAUCACAUGACAUCAGCACACCGCAACAGUCAUAUAUAGGAAUCAGUUACAAAGUAUCUGAAUUUUGAUCAUGGGAUCAUGAGGAUGUUGCAAUGGUCACAACUGUAAAAACAGUCAUAGGUCACUUUUUUCAGUGCCAUUGUAACUUCAAACAGUCACUAAACAAACUGUUGUAAGUCGAGGACUACCUGUACUCACUAGAUAGGUUUAAAAUAUUGUUCCUGAUCAUACCUCGUAUCAAAAAGAGUACCAGAAAUUCCUUGUUCUCCUUUUGCAUUAAGGUCCAUGUUGACCACAAAUGUCUUCUCCAAAAUCUUGUUCCUAUGUCUAGAACCAGAAAUGAGGGACCAAAACAGUGUUGGCGGCAUCUCCUGUCAUAGAUAAUUGUGGUCUCCCUAAAGAUAUUUCUCAUUUUCAGUCUUCAACUCCCAACUCUUCCAAAUCCAGCAUUCUUUCAUCUCCAGAGACAGCAGCCAAGAUCCAAGAAACAUCUAGAGAUGAUAUUUCUCCAAGCCCCUCUGCUCCAAUUACUGAUGACAUCCAUUACAGAUGGAUGCAAAGUUGUGGUAAAAAGGAAGGGGUGGAGGAUUGUGUCAGGACACUGAGGCAUUUAUGCCUCCUCCAACCUCAGUGCCCUAUAGCAGUGCUGUUGUGUGGAUGGACCCAAUCUCAUGUCCUGGAGUCAAACCGUGAACAUUGGAACCAGUCCCAUAUAAGCCAGUUUCUCUUCCUAAUGUAAACAGUUGAAAUUGUCCUUUGUUGGUAACAGCUUAGGAGUAUCUUGCCGUUUCAGGCUCAGCAUCCUACCUCAGUAGACCGCUUUCCUUCGAGGUCCUGUUGCUUUUCACCACAUGUUUAUGCUUGGCAAUACUCCGCUUACGCUGAGUAAUAAAAAGGUAAGGUAAGUUUGCUUUGGACUCGGUCUGAAUGAUGCUGUGUGUGUUUUCUCAGCUGCAUCAGUCACCCAGAGUCCAUGUCAGAGUCCAUGAGAUUGAGUGGAGGAAAACCUGAGUGGGUCUGUCAUUCCUAUGAGGACUGCUCAUUUGUGAGGGAGAAAUUAAAGGGGCAAGCAAGCUUUGUUAUGGGAAGAUUUAUCUUGCCCACGUUCACUAACCUAUUUGUAAGUAGCCAUUGGUUUUUCCUGGUUUGAAAGCUACUGAUUAAGCCUAUUCCAUAAAAACUGGGAGUCCCUAGCUUGACAUAUUUUGCAGGAUGUUUUAUUCUGAAACUGUCUAGCUUCACUAGACUUGUUCGAAAGGGUGUUUAGUUGUUAACUCUGGAAAAAGAGGUUCAUAAAUAUAUACAAUUGUCCGUAUGAUUUGUCCUGCCAAUAAAAUUCUCACGAGCUAAAGCUGCCA